AUGUAUCCUCACGUAACGCUGCUGCUGCUACCACUUUUCUGCUACGGUAUUUAUGCUGCAGAUGAAGAGACGACUGUGAAAUGCGUUGUUGGCCGCGAACCGGGGCGCCCAUGUGACGAGCCGGGAGCCCAAAAAUUUUUCUUCGACGUCAAGCGCGGCAUUUGUCAACCAUUUUACUACAAGGGUUGCGGCGGGAACGAAAAUCGCCACGAUUCGAGGGCCGACUGCGAGAAGACGUGCAAGGGCUCCAAGCUGGCACCGGCGGCUCCUGUUGCCCGAUGCCCCGCCGGAAAUCCCGCAGCAAUGGAUGACAAGGGAAAAACCCUAGAAUGCUCGCAGUGCCCAAAGGGAUAUUCGUGUGAAAAGGACCUUUGUUGUGCGUCGAAAGAAAAAGCCUGCGAGGUGGAGUACGACUCUGGGAAGUAUAUGACUGGCCGGGCUCACAUUCCAAAAUACUUCCACAGCAAGCAGCUCAGCACGUGUAUCCUGUUCACCUACUACGGAUCGAUGGGAAAUGCCAACAACUUUGACACCUUCCACCAAUGCGAGCAGUUCUGUGCUAAA